AUGGAGACUUACUCAGCUUCUAAAAAGAAUUUGCCUUUCAAGACACAAUGUUCAAGAGACAAAAGAACGUUAGAAGCUGUUCAACAAGCAGUUUUCAUUUGUCUUCUCUCACAAUCAUUCGAAGUGACCAUAGAGCGCCCUCCUAAACUAUCAAAGGUGACUGCUCAGAUACCAAAAAUAGUGUCAAUAAAGAGAGGAACAGAUGUUGUCAAUAUCGAUGAGUUUGUGAAAGAUAGAUUCAAAAACGAACUAGAUGCAAUGUACAAGAAUGAAGCACAUCGAGUAAAGAUACUUAGAAUAUUCAAUAGAAAUGUAUUUGUGUUUACCAACAAUUUAUUACUUGAUUUGUGUUUGGAAGAGGGUUAUUACAUCUCUUCAAGACUUUCAAAGCCAGCAAAGAACAACCAGAGAAUAGAAUAUAUUACUGGUUUAUUGUUGGGCUCUAAUUUUAUCACAGAUAGAAACACUGUCAUUAAUAUUGGAUCAAAAGUGUGUAACUACCUCACACAACUCGUCACGGACAAAAAAUGUGUGACUCUUAAGGCUGGAGACAGAGUCUUGUCAAAAAUAUUAACAACUGUGUCUGAAGAAUCAACUUCGUUAUAA